UAAGGGAUCUAACCUAAAACUUUUUUGUUGGCUGAGUCAUGCUUCUUCGCAUGUUAUGUAUUCCUGAUACCUAAACGCUAAAUGAUCGUGAAUUGGCGUUCGGUCUUAGUUGACAUUCUUGUAAGUGUAUCGUAAGAAGAAGUGAGUAAACUUUAUAUCGGCAGGGGAUUGUCCUCGGGAGCGGAGAUUCCACUCGUAUAGUCGUGCGUGAUACCCGUAGUCACGUACGUCGGCCAUCCUCACAGCUACGGGGGUGCCUUGAACCUCGUUUGCAGUCCAAUGAAGCGGAUCUGUUCACCGAGAUGACUCUUUUAUACGAAGCUUCGUGCAGCGGCGAUUGUUACUUCAAACGUCCGUCGUGCAGGUUUAUCAUGUAGAACGAUUUGUCUGGUCGAUGAUUCACGUCGAUUUUACUUAAACACAUGUCUGCAAAAAGUGUUUACUAAGUUAUGAUUAAUUGAUAUCUUAAAUUUCGUUUCAAUGAUCUCCCGUUUACUUAGCGCACUUUGGUUUAAUUGCCUAAUAAUCGCUUAAUAUUUAUAAAAUUGUAACAUAAGAGCUUGGUUGCUCAUACAUCCGUACUGGAUACGAAGAAAUUGUACAUAAUAUAACGAUUUUAAUCGAAUUUCGCGUGCUCCUGUACGCUGGUAUUUGUUUAAUUAAUGCUUCCGGCACGUAACAACAUGUUCCUCGUUUGCGUGACCGUGGGACUCGUUUUCUUGGCGUCGAAGUAUCGCAACAAUGUGCUUCGUAGCGUCAAGCACUUGUGCAAAAACAUCGCGAGUCGAGAUAAUCAUCGGAACAAUAAUAAUAAUGAUGAUGCCGUGAUUGAUAAGAACAUUAACAGCAAUAAAUAUGAAGAUAUUAAUAAUGGUCAGGGUUGUAAAAAUGAUAACGAUAAUUGUACUAAUAUCAACAAUAACGACGAAGAGAAAGGAUUUAAAACUACACUAGACAAGAUUAUUCUGGCGGACUCUAUAGAGAAGUGCGAUUACGCCGUCCAACGUAUUCGCUGUGAUCUGUCUGAAGGCGUAUUGGGUUUCGAUUGUGAAUGGGUCAACGAAGGGCCCGUUUCUUUGUUACAAUUAGCCACUUUCAAUGGAGUAUGUGCUUUGUUUCGCAUUGGAAAGAUCGGAUAUAUUCCAGAUAAACUCAAGGAACUGCUGUCUAAUAAGCGUAUCCUCAAAGUUGGGGUCGCCUCGUUCGAGGAUGGCCGGAAGAUAUUGAAGGAUCAUGGGUGCCAAGUUAACGGAACCCUCGAUAUAAGGACUUUGGCUACAAACGUCCAACUGCCGAGUUUGAAGAGCUUAGCGGCAAUGAGUUUAGAGUAUCUUGGUCUUGAAAUGGACAAAAUAAUAGAACUGAGGUGUGGCGACUGGGAGGCUAGCACCCUGACCGACGAACAAGUGACAUAUGCCGCUUGUGACGCGAUCGCAUCCAUUUUCAUUUACCAAAAGAUCAUACAGAGAAUGCAGAAAGCAAGACAGAAGCUUACGUUAUGGAAGAGAUUUACGAUUUUUCUACGCACCAAGUUUAGCCGUGAUGUAAACACACGAAUUCAUGGCGUACCUGCUGGAAUAGUCGAUACAAGGUUCAAGGCUCCACGAUCAAGUACAAGCAGUACCAGUAAUGCUAACAAUACUUCGAAUAUUAUUAAAACAUUAAAUAGAAGCUCUAGCGCCGAGUGUAAAAAUACAAUACCUACGAGGAAUAAGCCGUUGUAUCAUAAUUGUUACUUACAAGCACCUGAUGGGGAGAUACUGUGCACGUGCGACCGUAAAAAGGCAGAAUGGUACAUCGGGAAAGGAUUGGGAGAACUUGUCCAGACAGAUCCGUACACGGUGAAACUGAACUUCGAGCCAUCCGGUCGUGCAUUAGGCGAAGUCGGACAGUAUUAUACUCAAGUAAAAGUCAAUCAAUGUGUAGUCUGUGGAUGCACCGAUAAGUUCAUCAGGAAGAAUGUCGUGCCGCGGGAAUAUCGCAAAUACUUCCCACUGGUGAUGAAGGCGCAUCAAUCACACGACGUGUUACUAUUGUGCCCGUCUUGCCACGAGAUCAGCAACAAUAAUGAUCUGCAGCUCAGAAGAAAGCUGGCAGAUCUGUGCGACGCACCUUUGAUCGGGCCGCUGACACACAUGCGAGAUAAAUAUAUGAGCAACUUCCGAAAGCUUCAGUCGGCCGUUAAGGUAUUGAAACAAGGGUUACCGAUACCUCAGCGACGACGGGAGGAAUUUGAGAUUUACAUACAGGAGCAUACGGGCCAAAAGGAAAUCACUCCGGUUAUGCUCGAUACCCUGUACGAAAGAUUGAAAACGGCACCGAUCCAACAAGCGAUCUCUAAUCAGUUCAAGUAUCAACCGCACGGCUUGAAGGUGGUGCAGUUCUUCCAAAGGCAAGAAGGCGGACUGGUCGAGUUGGAACGUAUGUGGAGGGAGCAUUUUCUUACCACCAUGAAACCGAAACACUUACCGAACUUAUGGUCAGUACGUCACAAUCAGGAACGGUUGAUCAUGCGCCAAGCGCAAAAUCGAAUCGAACCACAGGAUGCGAAGAUAGCUGGACUAAUGAAGUAGCGGUGUAAUUUAAAAAUUGUACCUGUAAGGACUCGUAUAAGAGCGAGAACUUCAAAGAAGACUGUUAUAUUAAUCGAUAUAUGUUUGAAUAUAUACAUAUCUAUGAAUUAAUCUUUUA